GCCCAGCGCGGGUGUCCGGUCAACAAGUUGUCUCACACCUCCAGCAACAACACAACCAUGAAGACCGCAGCUUUGGUGCUCCUGGUGGUGGUAGCAGCAUGGGCGGGUCCUCAAGACUAUGGUAGUCAGGGGACUGGUGGGUAUGGGGGCUCGGGAGGAGGGUCGUCUGCACCAGCUCCAUACAGUUUCCAGUGGGACGUCGACGACGCGCCCUCAGGCAACUUCUACGGUCACGGCGAACAAGGAAGCGGUGGCAACGCCCAGGGCAAGUACUACGUGAGGCUGCCAGACACUCGUCUCCAGCAGGUGGAGUACACCGCUGACGGCUCCGGCUACCAUCCCAUCGUUACCUAUGAAGGCGUGGCCCAGUUUGGCGGCGGUUCUGGUGGACAAGGAGGCUACGCCUAGUCAACAGUACAACACUCGGGAACUGUUUACCGUUUUAAUUCCAUAAUUUUUACGCUGUUGUAUAUCGUCUCCGUUGUUUAUUUUCUCUCUGAAACAAUAACUGUUGAGGGAGAAGGUACAGGGUCUUCUGUGUUCAGUCAGACGUGAAACUGUUGUACCAUGGCGGGUGCUCUUCACCUCCUGUUGCCUCGUAGUAUUUUGUUGUAUUUUGUGUUUAAGAGUCAUGCAGGUCUUGAUUUGUUAAUUUGUUAAAAAAAACAAUAUUUUUAUACCGGAGUAAUAAAUACCACGGCAAUAAAUAUUUCUAUAAA